AUGUCAGGCCGUGGAAAGGGUGGCAAAGGACUCGGAAAGGGGGGUGCAAAGAGGCACAGGAAGGUUCUCCGCGAUAACAUCCAAGGUAUCACAAAGCCAGCUAUUCGUAGGUUGGCGAGAAGAGGAGGUGUGAAGAGAAUCAGUGGUUUGAUCUAUGAAGAAACCAGAGGAGUUCUCAAGAUCUUCUUGGAGAACGUCAUCCGUGACGCUGUUACAUACACUGAGCACGCUAGGAGGAAGACUGUUACUGCCAUGGAUGUUGUUUAUGCCCUCAAGAGACAAGGAAGAACCCUCUAUGGAUUCGGAGGUUGA